AUGAACUUCGACAUCCCCGCCGACCUCCAAAACUACCUGGGCCGUCUCGACAAGUUCAUCGAAGACGAGGUCACCCCCCUCCAACGCUCCAACGACAACGACCGCUUCUUCGACCACCGCCGCGAACACGCCCGCACCGACUGGGACAAUGGCGGCCUGCCCCGCGAAGAAUGGGAAGAUCUCCUGACCCAGUGCAAGAAAAUGGCCGACAAGGCUGGCUUCUACCGCUUCUCCCUCCCCCGCGAGUUCGGCGGGCAGAACGAAGACUCCGGUCGAGGCGCCAACCUGUGGAUGGCGGUGAUCCGGGAACAUCUGGCGACCAAAGGGCUGGGGCUGUUCAAUGAUUUGCAGAACGAGCAUAGUAUUGUUGGCAACUUCCCGACGGUGAUCAUGGUGCAGCACUUUGGGACGGAACAGCAGAAGCGGGACUUUGCGCAUGGGAGCUUGGAGGGGAGGACGAGGGUGAUGUUCGGCUUGACGGAGCCGGGACAUGGCAGCGAUGCCACGCACAUGGACACCCGGGCAGAGAAGCAGAGUGAUGGAAGCUGGGUGAUCAACGGCGGCAAGAUGUGGCAGACGGGCGCCCACAAAGCGACGCAUUCGUUCCUGUUCGCACGCUCGAGCGGCAAGAACGGCGACGCAAAAGGCAUCACCUGCUUCGUGGUCCCCACCAACUCCCCCGGCUUCAAAAUCGAAUCCUACCAAUGGACCCUCAACAUGCCCACCGAUCACGCUACCAUCUCGCUCAAGAACGUCAAGGUACCCGCCGACGCCAUCCUCGGCAAGGAAAACGAAGGCCUCGCCCUCGCCCAAGCCUUCGUGCACGAGAACCGCAUCCGUCAAGCCGCCUCUUCGCUUGGAGCGGCGUGCUACUGCGUUAACGAAAGCGUAAAGUACGCCCGUCAACGUCGUCCUUUCGGCAAACCUCUGGCGACGAACCAAGCGAUCCAAUUCCCGCUCGUCGAGCUGGCGACGCAGUGCGAGAUGCUGCGUCUCCUGAUCCGCAAGACCGCGGCGGACAUGGACCGCAUGCCGCACGUCGAGGUCGAGUCGAAGCUGGGGGAUAAGAUCAGCAUGUGUAACUACUGGGGUAACCGGCUGUGCACCGAGGCCGCGGACCGGGCGAUCCAGGUCCAUGGCGGGUGGGGAUAUAGUCGGCAUUGUUCCUUUGAGCAUAUUUGGCGGCAUCAUAGGCGGUAUAGGAUUACCGAGGGGAGUGAGGAGAUUCAGAUGAGGAAGGUUGCUGGGUAUUUGUUUGGGUUUAUGGGACCGAAGAGGGAGCCUGAUUUGCAGGGUAUGUCGAAGUUAUAG